CUUAAAGAUGUUGACAGUGACCUCAGAGGCCAACUUAUAUGCAAGGCAAGAACUGAAUCAAGGGAGAGAGCAGUCCUCCUCUAUCUGAAAAGAAAAUAUCCAGAUGGGCAGGGCAUUGCCAUUAGACUGUCCAAGCAGGUAGCCAACAAGAGACUGAGACAAGCAAUCAAGGAAUACAACCGUAUUCAGUGGCCACCGCAGAUGAGCAUCUUCCCUGCAACAAUUGAUUUUCAGGAAGCAUGCGAUCCCUCUUGGCCUGUCUACUUCUGCUCUGAUGAGACUAUUGAAGAAGAUGAUGUUUCAAGGAGUCUGAAAAGGCGUGGAAUUGAUGUCUUACAUAUGAGGACACGGGCAGCUGAGGAAAAGCACAUGCUUUACCAGGAAAUGAGAACUGUAACUGAACACCUCAAUCAGCAGCAUGCCUUUCUGUGCUCUGCCAUCAAUGACACAGAGCAGCCUGGUGCAAAAGCUGCUCUAAUCCAACGUCUCAAACAGCUGGAAAGAAAGCUACAUCAUGCCACUGUGAUGUUUCACCAACAUGUACCAGACAUUGUUCCUGCAACAUGUAGUUAUGUCGUCCCAGAAACCCCCUACCUGUCUCAGGACCUCCCCAUGUCAAGCAUACAGACACUGGUAUACGAUGAUGAUGAUGAUGAUGAUGAUGAUGAUGAUGAUGAUGAUGAUGAUGAUGAUGAUGAUGAUGAUGAUAAUGACAGCAACUAGCACUGUAAGCACUCAUAACUAGGGCUGGUUUGCUGCUUCCUGGUUUUUAAUGAAUAGUUUGAGCAGGCUUGUAUGCUUUGCUAUUUAUCAUUCAAAAUGUCUCCUUAAUUCAGCGCUAACCAAAAUUCAACAAACUGACAGUUUAGGUUCUGUGUGUUUUCAUUGUAACUGAUCAGGAUCUAAUUGAUGCUGUGUUGCUGAUUAGUUGAUUAGUCUAACUGCAAAAAAAUCCAUGUUUGUUUUUCUUGAGCUCUGAACAGUCCUGCCAAUGUG